GUGCGAGGGAUUUCGACGGCAGACUUGCUGGACCUGGGGUAUAAUUACUGGUGGACCAGACCUUAACUAGGCCAGGUCUUCUUUUGGCUAAAAAGCACAUGCUUCCCAGCAGGAACAUGUCCACUCCGUCAAACAAACCAUCUCUCCGCUCCGUGACACCGUUGUUUGUGCUCUGGAUGGCCCGUGCGAGUCGAUCUUUCUUCACAGGCAUCAUCCGUGCAAUGCCGAAGAAGUCAACGACUCGGAGAACAUUUCACCCGUAGCCACUGCACGAUCGGUUCUGGCUCAGAUCUUCCGGGUUUGCGAUAUGCAUAUUUAUAAGACCGCUCUGUGUUCCAGGCGUGGAGAGUCCUGUUUACCCCGCACCCUUCAUCUUCCUUCCUCUCAACUCAGUUCCAGCUUGGGUCUCUGUCUAUCUAGCCUUUCUCCUCCACACUUCGUCGUUGCUGGCAUAGACUAUCUUUGGCUUCAGGCACUAUGUUGUCUAGUGCUGUGAGGGCUCCGCACAGCAGGGCUCUACCCCUUCUCCCACGUCAAGCAAUUCCGCGGCGAUUCGCAGUCCCACGGCAUAGAUUGUACUCAGUCAUCGUCGACGCCGAGCCUCCAAAGAAGAAGAAAGUUUGGGCUUCUGCAGAUGAGGCGGUCAAAGACGUGAAGAGCGGAGACACGAUCCUGAGCGGAGGUUUCGGAUUGUGUGGUAUCCCCGAGACGUUGAUCGGUGCAUUGGAGAAGAGAAGAGAGGUCAACAAUCUGACUGCCGUCUCUAACAAUGCUGGUGCCGGCGAACACGGUCUUGCUCGAUUAUUGAAGUCGAAGCAGCUGGAUAAGCUCUUGAUAUCUUACCUCGGAGGAAACAAAUACUUCGAAUCCAUGUAUCUCAAGGGAGAAAUUUCAUUGGAACUCGCACCACAAGGAACUAUCGUUGAGAGGAUGCGUGCACACGCCUCUGGCAUUCCUGCUAUCUAUACUCCGACCGGCGCAAACACGGCUGUUGAAACAGGAGAAAUCCCUAUUCGCUACAACUCUGGAGGUUGGGACAGUGGAGUUAAGAUACCCGGUAACAAAAAGGAAACCAGGAUAUUCAAUGGCAAGAAAUACAUCUUGGAACCUGCUAUCGCUGGAGAUGUUGCGUUCGUCCAUGCCUACAAAGCUGACGAAGUCGGUAACUGUAUCUUCAACUACACGGCAAACAACUUCAACGCGAUCAUGGCACGGAACGCAAAGUUGACUAUCGUCGAGGCUGAGCAUAUCGUCCCCGUUGGAGCUCUGGAGCCCAAUGAGAUUCACUUGCCUGGUAUUUACGUCGACCGCAUCGUUCAAGCUACCCACGAGAAGGCUAUCGAGGUUCUGAAGCUCGCACCCACUGCUGAAUCAGCCUCCAAAGCCGGUGAUCCCUCUCAGGAUCUCCGCCACAGAAUCGCGAAGCGUGCUGCUAAGGAAAUCCAGGACGGUUUCUACAUCAAUCUUGGUGUCGGUAUGCCCACUUUGGUCCCUGAGCACCUCCCACCCGGCGUGAAGGUUUGGCUUGAGAGCGAAAAUGGCAUUCUUGGGAUGGGCCCUUACCCCACCAAGGACCAAGUCGACCCUGACAUCAUCAACGCCGGCAAGGAGACCGCUACUUUGCUCCCUGGUGCCUCAACUUUCGAUUCGGCUGAGUCCUUCGCUAUGAUUCGUGGCGGCCACUUGCACGUUGCCAUCCUCGGAGCCAUGCAGGUCUCGCAGGCUGGAGACAUCGCGAACUACAUGGUUCCCGGCAAGCUUGUGAAAGGUAUCGGAGGCGCCAUGGACCUCGUGUCGAACCCGGACAACACGAAGGUCAUCGUUCUGAUGCAGCACUGUGCGAAGGACGGCAGCCCGAAGCUCAUGCAGAAGUGCACACUUCCUCUGACGGGCGCUAGGGCCGUGAGCCAGAUCAUCACCGAGUUGGCUGUCUUCAACGUUGACCGUGCGGCGGGUGAGAUGACGCUGAUUGAGCUGGCGCCUGGAGUGACAUUGGAGGAGGUGACGGCGAAGACGGAUGCGAAGUUCAAGGUGGCGGAAAACCUUGGGCGGAUGGAGUAGACGACUACAUAGAUCAUGGACUGUAAUACUAUCAUGCUUUGUGGAUGCACUCUGUCGCGUAUCAGUCCAGCGUGUCGAAACGAGGGCGUUCUGGAAAGGUGUCGACGAGGGUAGGUGCUGUAAGCUGCGUGGCGCUGGAGAGCGGCAUCACGCAUCAUGCGC